AUGCUGAGUCAUCUCGAAAGUGCCCUCCAGGGCUGGGGACAUCAACUCGUGGACGCCACAUCUUCAACUUACAGCUACCACACUGUUCUACUUCAAGUCGCAGCCAUGACUGUAACCGCAUUCCCCUCUGAGGGUUCUCCAGAUCUGGCCCUUCUCAACGUUGCCCGCCUGUUCACCAGACUCGAACACAACCUCCUCUCCCCGGGGACAGACCGGCGCUCAAUCCAACAAUCAGAAUACCAGCGUAUGCGCGUGAACAAGAACGUUGAAUACGCCCGCUCACUCCUCACCCAACUCGAGCGCUCUCUCCCACAAAUAAAGCCUCUCGACCGCAAACACGAAGCACAAGCCGAGAUCGCACGCGACAAACAGCUCCUGAAGCGUAUACAGAUCAUCUUAGACGAAGAAGACGCCAAAGCCGAAGCGAAGCAAGAUGAAGACGACGAGACCGAAGAUGACGACGAAUGGAAGGAGCUAUUCUCCAAGCCUGUCGUUGAGAAAACUAUCUCACCUGUAUCGCAACCAAAAGACCAGCAGACACCGACACUGUCAUCAGAUUCCCAACGAGAAGUAAAGGGAACAAAUGAAGCGCAGCAAACUCCGAGUACAUCUACAACAGCGAUUACAACAACCCCAACACCGCACCCGUCAUCAACAACCCAGCUAGUACCCCCAACCCUCCGCAACCGUCACACAACUCAACCCGCACCGCCAUCCACCGAAAAAGCAGCGGCGACGGGAAGCAGUACAACCAAGAUCUCUGAAACGGAAACUGAACUGAGUACCCACAGACUGGAACAAGAAGAUCUAACUAGCUCCCUUCUAUCACUCGCUUCGCAAUUGAAAUCAUCCUCGCAGAAUUUCCAGUCGACUCUGGAGGGUGAGAAGUCUGCUUUGGACCGCGCGGUGUCGGGCAUCGACCGCACGAGUGCCACAAUGGAGGCGGCGGGGAAGAGGAUGGGAAUGCUGCGCAAGAUGACGGAAGGGCAGGGGUUGUGGGGGCGGAUGAUGCUGUAUGCGUGGAUUUUCGGGCUAUGGGUUGUUGCUAUUUUGAUUGUUUAUGUUGGACCGAAGUUGAGGUUUUGA